AUGUUCAGACAAGUUUGGAUAGGUGGAAAGAAAUCAACUGGAUAUCGGAAUCUCAAUAAGUUUCAAAAUUUGAAACUUUUAAAAAAAAAUGAUGUUUUUCUUUAUUUUUGUAGAGAAAUUGGUUCCGAUUUGGAUACCAGAUCUCCAAUAGAUUUUGGCUCCGCGUUGGAUAUAUGGGUUUCGGCUUCUAGUUCUUGGACGUUAGAUGGGUUCAGCUUUCAGUUCUUGAACUUUGAGUAUAUAGAUCUUGGCUUUUGGUUCUUGGGUGUUAAGUUUGACUUUCGAUUCUUGAGUGUUGAAUAUAUAGCUUUUGGUUCUUGGGUUCAGCUUUCAGUUCCUGGUGUUAAAUAUAUAGGGUUUGACUUUCAGUUCUUGGAUGUUUGUUAUUGGUUUCAACUUUCGGUUCUUGGAUGUUUGAUAUAUAGGUUUCAGCUUUCGGUUCUUGGAAGUUUGAUAUAUAAAUUUCGGCUUUCAGUUCUUGGGCAUUUGAUAUUGGUUUUGGCUUUCAGUUCUUGGACGUUUAUAUAUAGGUUUCGGCUUUUUGUUCUUGGGUAUUUGAUAUAUAGUUCUUAUGCAUUUGAUUUAAAGGUAAUGGCUGCGACAUCUCAUUGGGCUUUGGAUCGGUUUCGACUGCAAUAUCUCCUUAAACUUUGGGUAUCGGCUGUGAUAUCUUUGGGCAUUGAAAUGGUUUCAGCUGCGAUAUCUUUGGAUCUGUUUCAGCUUUCGGUUCUUGGAAGUUUGAUAUAUAAAUUUCGGCUUUCAGUUCUUGGGCAUUUGAUAUUGGUUUUGGCUUUCAGUUCUUGGACGUUUAUAUAUAGGUUUCGGCUUUUUGUUCUUGGGUAUUUGAUAUAUAGUUCUUAUGCUUUUGAUUUAAAGGUAAUGGCUGCGACAUCUCAUUGGGCUUUGGAUCGGUUUCAACUGCAAUAUCUCCUUAAACUUUGGGUAUUGGCUGUGAUAUCUUUAGGCAUUGAAAUGGUUUCAGCUGCGAUAUCUUUGGAUCUGUGA